AUGCAGCUCAAGCAGUGGGAAGGAAAGCAGGAUAGUCGUGGUCGAGAUCGCGGCGAUGACCGAAGUCACGAUCGGAGAAAUCUGACCCCGGUUAUAUGCUUUAAAUGCAAUACACCUGGACACUAUGCCAGGGAUUGCAAUAAACGAGACAAUCCUCGCGCGGGAAAUCAAGUCUGCUACGUCUGCGAUAAAGAGGGGCAUCUAGCCCGCGAAUGCACUCGAAAGAAAAUCCCAGAAGUUAUCACUUGUUAUAGGUGCGGUAAAACGAGACAUUAUUCGAAUCAUUGUCCUAGUCGCGACCCUCUUCCAUCGACACAAUUUUGCGACCGUUGCAAAAUUACCGGACACAACAAUGCGAAUUGCAAGCGCAGGAAUGAGUCUUUUAAUUCUGUAGCCAGUCAUUUAAACGAAUAA